GGGCCUGCCUGCGUUCUCUCCUUCUUCCCCUUGGUGGGCCACGGGGAACCCACGCCGGCCGCCUGGAAGCGAGGCGCAGUGUGACCUUGAGGGCAGCCCGGGGGAACGCUGCCAGCCAACUCCAGCUGCCCAACUCCCCUCCCGGUCUCCCCGCUGGUACCUGGGCAGGGAAAGAGUCCGCUCCUGAGCGCUUUUCAUGUCUCGGUCUACAUUUAUUUCUCCGCCCGCCAACGUGCUGUUCCUCUUAGAAUGGGCCGCCGGACGCCCGUUAGAUUAAGAUUAUAUUCCCUUGUCAUCUGGAUUGGAAUGAAGGAACCAACAAUGGGAUUGCACUCAAAAUAACAUUCCUGGAAAAGGUGUCUAAUGGCUUUUUUCUUUUUUGGUGGCUUAUAUCCACUCUUUUGAUGGUUUUCAUAUCUGAAGGAUUUUCUUUUGGAAAUAUUUCAAAGAAAAAUAUUGUUCCUCGGAAAUAACUUCCUCCUCCGAACACUGUACGUCAUGGGAGACAUGGCUAAUAACUCGGUAGCAUACAGUGGUGUAAAAUAUACUAUAAAAGAUUCUGGUCAUGGAGACUUUGGCAUCACACUUGAAGAGCUUCGUGACCUUAUGGAAUUGCGUGCUGCAGAUGCUUUGCAUAAAAUACAAGAAUGCUAUGGAGAUGCUCACGGAAUCUGUACAAGAUUGAAAACUUCUCCAAAUGAAGGCUUGAGUGGAAACCCAGCAGAUAUAGAGAGGAGAUCAGCUGUGUUUGGGAAGAACUUUAUACCUCCUAAAAAGCCAAAAACAUUUCUUCAAUUAGUAUGGGAAGCACUACAGGAUGUUACAUUAAUUAUAUUAGAAAUUGCAGCCAUAGUAUCACUGGGCCUUUCUUUUUACCAACCACCCGGAGGGAAUGAAGCAUUAUGUGGAACAGUAGCAAUGGGUGGUGAAGAAGAAGAAGAAGGUGAAACGGGCUGGAUUGAAGGAGCUGCAAUUCUCCUGUCUGUCGUUUGCGUCGUAUUAGUUACAGCUUUCAAUGACUGGAGUAAAGAGAAACAAUUUAGGGGAUUGCAAAGCCGCAUUGAACAAGAGCAGAAGUUUACUGUCAUCAGGGCUGGCCAAGUCAUCCAGAUACCUAUAGCUGACAUAGUUGUUGGUGAUAUUGCACAAGUAAAAUAUGGUGACCUUUUACCGGCAGAUGGUGUACUUAUACAAGGAAAUGAUCUUAAAAUUGAUGAAAGUUCACUGACUGGAGAAUCUGAUCAUGUUAAGAAAAUGUUGGAUCGAGAUCCUAUGUUGCUUUCAGGUACUCAUGUAAUGGAAGGUUCUGGAAGAAUAGUAGUUACUGCUGUAGGCAUAAACUCGCAGACUGGAAUUAUCUUUACCUUGCUUGGUGCUGGAGGUGAUGAUGAAGAAGAAAAGAAGGAAAAAGAGAAAAAGGACAAGAAAAGUAAAAAACAAGAUGGGGCUAUUGAAAAUCGUAACAAAGCAAAAGCUCAGGAUGGUGCAGCCAUGGAAAUGCAGCCCCUAAAAAGUGAAGAUGGUGGUGAUGGAGAUGACAAAAAAAGAAACAAUAUGCCCAAGAAAGAAAAAUCAGUUCUGCAAGGAAAGCUCACAAAGCUAGCAGUUCAGAUUGGCAAAGCAGGAUUGCUGAUGUCUGCAGUCACAGUCAUCAUUCUUGUAUUGUAUUUUGUAAUUGAUACCUUCUGGGUCCAGAAACGUCUUUGGCUUGCUGAAUGUACACCAAUAUACAUUCAGUACUUUGUGAAGUUCUUUAUCAUUGGUGUUACUGUCCUGGUUGUGGCAGUUCCAGAGGGUCUUCCACUUGCAGUAACAAUCUCACUGGCUUAUUCUGUCAAGAAAAUGAUGAAAGAUAAUAACUUGGUCAGACAUCUGGAUGCUUGUGAAACUAUGGGAAAUGCAACGGCCAUUUGCUCAGAUAAAACAGGAACACUGACAAUGAACAGAAUGACAGUAGUCCAAGCAUACAUCAAUGAAAACCAUUAUAAAAAAAUUCCUGAGCCACAAGCUAUUCCUGAAAAAACGUUGUCAUACCUUGUAACAGGAAUCUCUGUAAAUUCUGCUUACACUUCCAAAAUCCUGCCUCCUGAAAAGGAAGGUGGCCUGCCCCGCCAUGUUGGUAAUAAAACUGAAUGUGCUUUAUUGGGACUACUUCUGGAUUUGAAACAAGAUUAUCAGGAUGUUAGAAAUGAAAUACCAGAAGAGGCACUCUACAAAGUCUACACCUUCAACUCUGUUAGAAAAUCCAUGAGUACUGUGUUAAAGAACUCUGACGGCAGUUUCCGGAUAUUCAGCAAGGGUGCCUCAGAGAUAGUACUUAAAAAGUGCUUCAAGAUACUGAGUGCUAAUGGUGAACCAAAAGUAUUCAGGCCAAGGGACCGUGAUAACAUUGUAAAAACUGUGAUUGAGCCUAUGGCCUCAGAAGGACUCAGAACCAUAUGUCUAGCAUUCAGAGACUUCCCAGCAGGAGAACCUGAGCCAGAAUGGGAUAAUGAAAAUGACAUUGUCACUGGUCUUACAUGUAUCGCUGUUGUGGGCAUUGAAGACCCUGUGAGGCCUGAGGUACCAGAUGCAAUUAAAAAAUGCCAGCGUGCUGGUAUUACUGUGCGUAUGGUUACUGGUGAUAAUAUCAACACUGCCCGCGCUAUUGCUUUAAAAUGUGGCAUUUUACAUCCUGGUGAAGAUUUUUUAUGCCUAGAAGGGAAAGAAUUCAACCGACGAAUACGUAAUGAAAAAGGAGAGAUAGAACAAGAACGAAUAGACAAAAUGUGGCCCAAGCUCCGUGUACUUGCCAGGUCUUCCCCUACUGACAAACACACUCUGGUAAAAGGUAUAAUAGACAGCACAGUUUCAGAACAGAGGCAAGUUGUAGCAGUGACUGGCGAUGGUACCAAUGAUGGUCCAGCACUGAAAAAAGCAGAUGUUGGCUUUGCUAUGGGUAUUGCUGGAACUGAUGUAGCUAAAGAAGCUUCCGAUAUUAUUCUUACAGAUGACAACUUCACAAGCAUUGUUAAAGCAGUUAUGUGGGGAAGAAAUGUGUAUGACAGUAUCUCCAAAUUCCUUCAGUUCCAGCUUACUGUCAAUGUAGUGGCAGUAAUUGUUGCUUUCACAGGAGCAUGUAUUACACAAGAUUCUCCAUUGAAAGCUGUUCAGAUGUUAUGGGUGAAUCUCAUAAUGGACACUUUGGCUUCACUUGCUUUGGCAACGGAACCACCCACAGAAGCCCUCUUGCUGAGAAAGCCUUAUGGUAGAAAUAAACCUCUCAUCUCACGCACAAUGAUGAAGAAUAUUCUGGGCCAUGCUUUCUAUCAGCUUGUGGUUGUCUUUACACUCCUGUUUGCUGGCGAAAAAAUCUUUGACAUUGAUAGUGGAAGAAAUGCACCUCUUCAUGCUCCUCCUUCAGAGCACUAUACUAUUGUAUUUAACACAUUUGUUAUGAUGCAGCUUUUUAAUGAAAUAAAUGCCCGAAAAAUCCAUGGUGAAAGGAAUGUAUUUGAAGGAAUUUUCAAUAAUGCUAUAUUCUGUACCAUAGUUCUUGGCACAUUUGUUGUACAGAUAGUUAUUGUGCAGUUUGGAGGAAAGCCUUUCAGUUGUUCAGAGCUCACAGUGGAACAAUGGCUCUGGACAGUUUUUCUAGGAAUGGGCACACUUCUUUGGGGCCAGUUGAUAUCAACAGUUCCAACCAGCCAUCUGAAAUUCCUUAAAGAAGCUGGCCAUGGAACCCAGAAGGAAGAGAUUCCAGAAGAAGAGUUGGCAGAAGAUGUAGAAGAGAUUGAUCACGCUGAAAGAGAACUACGGCGUGGUCAGAUCUUGUGGUUUAGGGGCCUAAACAGGAUACAAACUCAGAUCCGAGUGGUGAAUGCAUUUCGUAGUUCCUUAUAUGAAGGAUUAGAAAAACCUGAGACACGAAGUUCAAUCCACAAUUUUAUGACGCAUCCGGAGUUUAGAAUAGAAGAUUCUGAGACUCAUAUUCCCCUUAUUGAUGAUACCGAUGCUGAAGAUGAUGCUCCAACAAAACGCAACUCAACUCCUCUUCCACCCUCUCCCAAUAAAAAUAACAAUGCGAGUGACAGUGGAAUUCAUCUUACAACAGACUUGAACAAGUCUGCUACCUCUUCAUCCCCAGGGAGCCCGCUACAUAGUUUGGAAACAUCACUCUGAUUGUAAGCCGAAUGUUAAUACAUUAGCUGCAUUGUAAAGAAACAAAAUGAAACUGGGUCUUUUCACUCAUUGUGAUGGGCAAGAUGGUAUUCUUGUCUUGGACUUCAACAAGAAGAAAUACUUGUACGAAUGUAGAUUUAUUUUUUUAAAAAAAGCUUUCUGCCAGACUUGAGGGUGCUUUUUGGGGAUGGGAAUAAUAAUGAACUGUGACAGAUAAACAGUAAGUUGGCUGAAGUGCCCUGUGGAUCAUCAACUGUACUUAAAAAUGGCCCUUAAGAAUGUCUUAGGAGGGCUUUAGUGUCUUGUUCCUUUUUGAGGAGAGGUCUGGAAAGGGUAAGAGAGCUCUGGAUCACUGAACUGAUGAUGAUUUUUCAUUUCUGCUGUUGGCUGUUAAUAAUUUGAAUUAUUUAUGUUUAUAAAUGAUACAGAUCUGUUUACAAGGUUUGUAGAUACUUUUUUGUUCCUGUUCAUAGAUGGGAAGCUUCCUUAUAAAUGAUGCAGAAAAUAUUAGUCCAUCAAAUACUGCUGUAUUUUCAGGAAAGGGUGUUUCUAUUGAAACUGUACUAAAUUUUUGCCUGCAACUUAACUUGUUAAAUAUUGUAGAUAAAAUUGCUACUAUUAAUAGCCAAAUAGGUAACACUAAUGCUUUGUAAAACAACAACAACAACCCUGAGCAGUAGUGGUCUAAUGAAGUUACGGCCUCUGUCCUAAUUAGUUUCUUAAACAUUUACUACUUAAUAGUUUUGAAACAACUGUAAAAAUUUUAAAAAUUGAGAAACUUAAUGAAUAAUUUCUGUUCUGAAUUUAGUAGAGGAUUGUUUAAUGCAGGACGAUGUGAUGGAACUUGCUACAAAUUCUUUUGUUAUCUCAGGCAAAAUGGAUUAAAUCAAAAUACAUCAGAACCUUAGUCCUUUUUGUUUUUGUCUAAACACAGUAGCUUAGUGCUGUCUUGGUGAACUGUGAGUGGAGCUGUUUAUUUUUUCUGAUCUUUAGUAUCCUUACAGCAUGAGGGCUGCUGGCAUUUGGAAAGUCAUGAAUAGGUAGUAUUCAUGUUUUCUUUUUGUUUUGAAAUUCAUUUGUAAAAAAAUAUAAAUAAAUUGCCCCUUUUGUUAAAAUAAAUAUGCAGCAAUUCUUUUUUUA